AUGGACAUCAACUUCAGUCCACCGCCUUGCCCUAACACCGUGACCGUUCGUCGGAACCCUCACCGGAAAGCCCGCACCGCUUCCAAAACGACCCCACAAAGCUUCGAUUUGGGUGAAAUCCCGCCAUUUCCACAUGACGACAUAUUGCGCGCACAACCACCAGAAAUUCCGUUAACGUCUCUCCUAAAACCGGAGAACGAGAAUACAAAAGUUUUUCUCAGAAUCCGUCCCCUCUCGUCGCCCAAUCAGGCUCCACGGGCGAGAGCUAAGAGUGUGUGGCCUCAGAACCCCGCAAAAAAGAACAUAGCCGCAGGGGAUAAAAUUUCGAAGAAAAAGAGCUCGAGUGUGUGCAUAUUGGUUAAUGAUUCGCAGUCAGUGACGUUAUCAACCCCUUUAAGUUUGCAAGAAUCAAAGCGAAUCAAAUCAGAGACUUACGGAGGUUUCUCUCAUGUUUUCCCUUCCGAUUCAUCUCAGUUUGAAGUGUAUGAUAGAAUGGUGAAACCUAUGGUGGAGGAGUUUCUUAAGGGUAGAAGUGGAAUGUUGGCUGCACUGGGACCUAGUGGGUCCGGUAAGACUCAUACCGUGUUUGGAUGCCCAAGGGAUCCUGGAAUGGUACCUCUUGCCAUCCGCCAUAUUUUUAAGGAGACCGAGUCAGAUGGUAAACAGGCAUCCAGAUCCUUUUACAUAUCGAUAUUUGAGAUAUAUUCUGAACGGGGUAAAACAGAGAAAGUGUUUGAUUUAUUACCAGAUGGCAGUGAACUAAGCAUGCAACAAUCAACCAUAAAAGGCCUGAAAGAGGUUCACAUCCCUAAUGCUGAACAGGCAGAAUCCUUGAUAGCUCAAGCAGUGGUAAAACGUGCAACUGCAAUGACAAACACCAACAGUCAGUCUAGCCGGUCACAGUGCAUCAUUAACAUCCGUGAUGUUCCCCAAAAAUGUGAAGGAGUGGUCAAUCGUAAGUCAAAUGGUGCUGUUUUGACUAUCAUUGACCUUGCUGGAGCUGAAAGAGAAAAAAGAACAGGAAAUCAGGGGACAAGAUUGCUUGAAAGCAAUUUUAUCAACAACACAUUAAUGGUGUUUGGCUUAUGCUUAAGAUCAUUACUGGAGCACCAAAAAAAUCCCAAGAAGCCGUUACAGAAGCAUUUCCAAAACUCUAUGUUAACUAGGUACCUGCGAGAUUAUUUGGAGGGCAAGAAGCGCAUGACCUUGAUUUUAACUGCAAAGUCAGGAGACGAAGAUUAUCUUGACACUUCUACCCUACUCAGACAAGCUUCUCCUUACAUGCAAAUCAAGUAUAAUGAAGUUGAACCAUCAAAUAUGAUUUCCAAAAAAAGGCAUCACCAAGCUUCGUCCAUAAUGGAUUAUGCAAAACCAUCACCAUUCUCAGAACAUUUAAAGAGAGCGAGACUUGUCAGAGAACAUACUGCACAGAAUGAUGAAAAGUGUGUUGAAGAAUGGAACACUUCUAAGGAAGAUGCUUCAACAGUCGGCAAAUUGGAUGCAAGUAGUUAUGUCUCUUUCAAGUCAGAGUGUGAUAGCCAGGCCCAGAGUGAGAGAAGCCAUAUUAUUAUGCGGAAUUUCGCCAAAGUUUUAUGGAAUGUUUUGAAGCAAUAUAAUUCCAAAUUGAAGGUUGCAGAAACAGAAAUACAAAGUCUUAAAGAAAGCAUUGGGUAUGAAAAGAAAAAGUAUCUGGAGCUGGAAACACAGUUCAAUGAGUUUAAGGCCUGCUGUACUUGUUGCAAAGGACUAAAAGUAAAAACUGAUCCUGAAGAUUGUUCAUCAGUGGGCCCUGUUCAACAACAUAAUUGGGAGCAAGAGGUUGUCUACUGCAUUCCUAGAUUCCUGGUUUUUCGUUUGAAGCUUAUUGAGGAAACAUUUUGUGCAGAGUCAUCAUUGCCCAGACUUGACCAGCCAGAUAAAGAGCCUGUGCUUUGCACUUCCUGUGCGUCGUUAGAUUCUGAAAAAUCAGAUAGGGAAGUUUCAAUAUCCUUGGCAAAAUCAGGGCAUCAUAAUGUUUUAGAGGUUGAUGCUGUGAGCAAGAUACCGAGUGAAACAAUUCAUCCAAUGUCAUCGUCUGAGCCUAGACUUGACCAGACAGAUGAAGAGCCUAUGCUUGUUUCUUCCUGCACACAGUUAUAUUCUGAAAAAUCAGAUAGGGAAGUUUCUGCCUCCUUAGCAAAAUCAGGGCAUCAUAAUGUUUUGGAGGUUGAUGCUGUGAGCAAGAUACCAAGGGAAACAUUUCACGCACUGUCAUCAUCUGAGCCUAGACUUGAUCAGUCAGAUGAAGAGCUUAUGCUUGCUACUUCCUGUUUACUGCUAGAUUCUGAAAAGUCAGAUAGGGAAGUUUCAUCCUUCUCGGCAAAAUCAGGGCGUCAUAAUGCUUUGGAGGUUGAAGCUGUGAGCAAGAUACCAAGUGAAUUGUUGGUUUCUUUGUCAUUAACAAAAGAUGACCUUUUGGAUCCUUCGUCCAGCGAAGAUGUUUCAUCUACUAAAACACAUGACCUUGUGGGUGAUCCACGGGGUGAGAUAGGAGGCAAUAACUUCUGCAAACCUCCCAGGCCAAAAAGGACACUUAUGCCUUCAUCAUCCAUUUUAUCAAGGGAUUUGAGUACCUUUGAUCUUUUUGACGAGACCGAGAAAUCAAAGCAGGGGAAUAGGAGCACAAGGAAGUUAGCUGCACACGAUCCUAAAAGAUCAAAUGGAAGCAUCUCUCUGCUCCGCUUGCUGCAAGGGAAAAAAAGCAAUCUUCAUGUCUAGCGUAAACACUGAACCCUUUUGUUUUUUUAAAUGUGCUUGGGGGCUGGGGCAAGGGACUGAAAUCUGGUCCCGCUUACUAUUUUGGAAUGUAUCUUCUGCCUUACAGUUAGCAGAUUUCGUUAAUUACUAUUAACAAGUUGUUUGUGAGUAGUUGUUAUUUUUCUGUUGCACAGUAGAAACUGUAUAAUCUGUGUAUAUGUAUAUCUUCUUG